GUGAGAAUAAGAUCCACUUCAUCCCCGGUAUGAUCGGUCCGUUCCUCGGAGUGACGCUGGUUCCUCAGGUGGAGGUACGAAACAUCAUGAUCCCCAUCUUCCACGACAUGAUGGACUGGGAGCAGCGCAAGAACGGAAACUUCAAACAGGUGGAGGCUGAGCUGAUUGAUAAGUUGGACAGUUUGGUGUCUGAGGGGAAAGGGGACGAGAACUACAGAGAACUCUUCGGUUUGCUAACCCAGCUGUUUGGGCCGUACCCCAGUCUGUUGGAGAAGAUCGAGCAGGAGACGUGGAGAGAGACGGGGAUCUCCUUCGUUACCUCCGUCACACGACUGAUGGAGCGACUGCUGGACUACAGGGACUGCAUGAAGGGAGACGAGACGGAGAACAAGAAGAUUGGCUGCACUGUAAACCUCCUG